AUGGCUUCUUUCCCUCCAGUCUACAUCGCUGCCUCUGCCCGGACUCCCGUGGGCUCGUUCCUUGGAUCUCUUUCGAGUCUGACUGCCCCGCAGCUUGGUUCUCAUGCUAUCAAAGCUGCUCUUGGGAAGGCAGAGGGUCUUAAGCCGUCCGAUGUCGAAGAAGUUUUCUUUGGCAAUGUUCUCUCCGCAAAUGUUGGACAGAAUCCUGCCAGACAGUGUGCCCUCGGUGCUGGACUCAACGACUCGACGGUUUGCACCACCGUCAACAAGGUUUGCGCCUCUGGCUUGAAAGCCAUCAUUCUCGGAGCGCAGACCAUUAUGACCGGAAACGCCGAUGUUGUCGUGGCUGGUGGUGCUGAAUCCAUGUCGAAUGCUCCUCAUUAUCUCCCGAACCUCCGAAAUGGUGCUAAAUAUGGCCACCAAUCUCUGGUGGACGGCAUUAUGAAGGAUGGGUUGACUGAUGCUGGCAAGCAAGAGCUCAUGGGCUUGCAGGCUGAAGAGUGUGCUCAGGACCAUGACUUCAAGCGUGAGGACCAGGAUGAAUAUGCCAUUCGCACCUACCAAAAGGCUCAGGCUGCCCAGAAUGCCGGUCUUUUCGAUGACGAGAUUGCCCCCAUUGAACUUCCUGGCUUCAGGGGUAAGCCUGGUGUGACUGUAUCCCAGGAUGACGAGCCGAAGAACCUCAACCCUGACAAGCUCCGAGGCAUCAAGCCUGCUUUUAUUCCUGGUUCUGGAACUGUGACGGCACCUAACUCCUCUCCUCUGAAUGAUGGUGCUGCUGCUGUUGUUCUUGUUUCUGAGGCCAAGUUGAAAGAACUUAACUUGAAGCCUGUUGCCAAGAUCCGUGGCUGGGGUGAUGCUGCUCAGCAGCCUAGCAAGUUUACGACUGCACCAUCGCUGGCUAUUCCCAAGGCCCUCAAACAUGCAGGCUUGACCCAGGAUGACGUUGAUGCGUUCGAGAUCAACGAGGCCUUCAGUGUUGUUGCCCUCGCCAACAUGAAGCUGCUCGGUCUCUCUGAAGAGAAGGUCAACAUCCAUGGUGGUGCUGUGGCCCUCGGUCAUCCUAUUGGUGCUAGCGGUGCGCGUAUUGUGGCUACUUUGCUCGGCGUUUUGAAGGCAAAGCAGGGCAAGAUUGGCUGCGUCGGUAUCUGCAAUGGCGGCGGUGGUGCAAGUGCAAUUGUUGUUGAAUCUCUUCUCUAA